GGGGUCAGGGCGUUCCGGCCCGCCCCUCCGCCGGUGCCGUGCUGGAAGCCUCGGUUCUCCCGGAAGUGGCCGGGCCUCUCUGUCGGGGUCCCCUUCACCCCGCUGCUGCUGAGGGCCGCGGGGGCGGCGGCAAUGGCGGAGGCGGCCCUGCUUCUGCUGUCCGAGGGGGCGGCGGAGCGGGACACUCGGGAGAAGCUGGCUCUCUGGGAUAGGAGACCGGACUCGACGGCGCCGCUGACCGACAGGCAGACGGACUCGGUGUUGGAGCUGAAGGCGGCAGCAGAAAACCUGCCGAUGCCAGCUGAGCUCCCAGUGGAAGACUCGUGCAGUUUACCACCCCAUUCACUGUCCACUGAACUGCAUUCAAUAGUGCCUGAAUCUACUGAGGACAUUCUCUUGAAGGGUUUCACUUCCUUAGAAAUGGAAGAAGAAAGAAUCGAGACUGCACAACAGUUUUUCUUAUGGUUUGCAAAACUGCAAACUCAGAUGGAUCAGGAUGAAGGAACUAAAUACAGACAGAUGAGGGAUUACUUGUCUGGGUUUCAGGAGCAGUGUGAUGCUAUAUUGAAUGAUGUAAACAGUGCUCUUCAGCAUCUGGAGUCAUUGCAGAAACAGUAUCUUUUUGUGUCCAAUAAGACAGGAACCCUACAUGAAGCCUGUGAACAGCUCCUGAAAGAACAGUCAGAACUUGUCGAUCUGGCUGAAAACAUUCAACAAAAGCUUUCGUAUUUUAAUGAAUUGGAGACUAUUAACACAAAAUUGAAUUCCCCUACGUUGUCUGUGAAUAGUGAAGGAUUUAUACCCAUGCUGGCCAAGUUAGACGAUUGUAUAACAUACAUAUCAUCUCAUCCUAAUUUUAAAGAUUAUCCUGUAUAUUUGCUGAAGUUUAAACAAUGUCUUUCUAAAGCUUUACACCUCAUGAAGACAUAUAUUGUGAACACACUACAGACUCUUACAAAUCAGUUACUAAAAAGGGAUCCUUCAUCUGUACCUAAUGCAGAUAAUGCCUUUACACUAUUUUAUGUGAAAUUUCGAGCUGCUGCCCCCAAAGUCAGAACUCUUAUUGAACAAAUAGAACAACGAUCUGAAAAAAUGCCUGAAUAUCAACAGCUGCUAAACGAUAUUCACCAGUGCUACCUUGAUCAGCGGGAGCUCCUAUUGAGCCCUAGUAUUGCUUGUACUGUCACAGAGUUAACCAGCCAAAAUAACAGAGAUCAUUGUGCCUUGGUUCGCAGUGGCUGUGCCUUUAUGGUCCAUGUAUGCCAGGAUGAGCACCAACUUUACAAUGAAUUUUUCACAAAACCGACACCAAAAUUAGAUGAGCUGUUAGAGAAACUGUGUGUGUCAUUAUAUGAUGUCUUCAGGCCAUUGAUCAUUCAUGUCAUUCACUUAGAGACCCUGUCGGAACUUUGUGGGAUUCUUAAAAAUGAGGUGCUUGAAGAUCAUGUACAAAACAAUGCUGAACAACUAGGGGCAUUUGCAGCUGGAGUCAAGCAGAUGUUGGAAGAUGUGCAAGAGCGGCUGGUCUACCGAACGCAUAUCUACAUUCAGACAGACAUUACGGGCUACAAGCCGGCUCCAGGAGAUCUGGCAUACCCAGAUAAGUUAGUCAUGAUGGAGCAAAUUGCACAGAGUUUAAAAGAUGAACAGAAGAAGGGACCUUCAGAAGCUUCCUUUUCAGAUGUUCAGUUAGAAGAAGGAGAGUCUAACAGUCUGACAAAAUCUGGUUCAACAGAAUCCCUCAAUCCUAGACCACAGACCACAAUUUCUCCAGCAGAUCUUCAUGGAAUGUGGUAUCCUACAGUUCGAAGAACUCUUGUCUGUCUCUCCAAAUUAUACAGAUGCAUAGAUAGGGCAGUGUUCCAAGGAUUAUCACAGGAAGCAUUGUCUGCCUGCAUUCAGUCUUUACUUGGAGCAUCAGAGUCUAUCAGCAAAAAAAAGACUCAGGUUGAUGGACAACUUUUCUUAAUUAAGCACCUUUUGAUUCUUCGAGAACAAAUUGCUCCAUUUCACACUGAAUUCACCAUUAAGGAAAUUUCCCUGGACCUCAAGAAAACUAGAGAUGCAGCAUUUAAAAUCCUGAACCCUAUGACUGUUCCAAGAUUUUUUAGGCUGAAUAGCAACAAUGCCUUGAUAGAGUUCUUGUUGGAGGGUACUCCUGAGAUAAGAGAACAUUAUCUUGACUCUAAAAAGGAUGUAGACCGUCAUCUGAAAUCGGCCUGUGAGCAGUUCAUUCAGCAGCAGACCAAGCAGUUUGUGGAGCAGCUGGAGGAGUUCAUGACAAAGGUUUCAGCAUUAAAAGCAAUGGCCACUCAGGGAGGCCCCAAAUAUACUCUCUCGCAGCAGCCUUGGGCACAACCAGCAAAGGUUAGUGACCUUGUAGCAACUGCCUAUAAGACAAUAAAAGCAAAGCUGCCUGUGACAUUGAGAAGUAUGUCUUUGUACCUGUCCAAUAAAGAUACUGAGUUCAUCUUGUUUAAACCUGUGAGAAAUAAUAUUCAGCAAGUCUUCCAGAAGUUCCAUGCUCUGUUAAAGGAAGAGUUCAGCCCUGCUGACGUCCAGGUCAUUUCCUGUCCUUCCAUGGAACAGCUGAGCCUCGUGCUGUCGGUUUCUAAGUGAGCAGGCCACCGGGCUGUGUGCGUGCAUGGUCUGUUGGGAGGAGAGGGCUGAGAAGUCCUGCAGCCUGCAGAACGCUGAGGAAUGUGAGGACGUCCCUGAGAGCCACACAAGCUUGCUGCUCGGUGCUGACUGCAAAGUGAAAUACAGGCAAAGCGUUAAGACUUUAGUGUUUCCCUUUUAAAAGCAUCAAAAUGCCAAAGAUUAAUCUGUGAGUAGUGGUAACUGUCUCAUUUAAAUGGUCACAAGAAAUAUAAAGUUUUUAAGAGGUUGCCGUAGCGGCACGUAGUGAAAUGGUUCCUCACAAAAGAUGUGCAAUGAAAACAGGUCACGAUAAGUCAAGAAGAACUUCACAGAAACACAGCUAAUGAGAACAUUUGCUAGAACCUGAAACACUAUAACACUUUUAACCACUGAGCAUUCCGCAGACUGUUCUUUUAAUUUGUGGAAAUAUUAUUUCUACUCUCUAUUUGCUGUAACGUUUCUCCUGUCAUUUUGAAGUUUACGUAGUUUGGAGUAGAUUGGUUGCUUCUGAGAACAGGUUCUGCUUUUCUGGGAAGUCAGGGUGUUCUCUUUCUCUCCGUUUGAUGUGAGCUAGUUUGAAGAUGCAGGGACCUGGUGUAAGGCUCCCGGCUCGGUAUUCCUUGCGUUGGUAGGUACAGAACGUUGCGAAGCGAGAGCUGCAGUUUCCUCGUGAUAGAUGCGUGCACUGUCUUUAAUGAGGAUCUUCCUGGUCCCAUAGUCAGUGUUUGUGAGUGCAGAGUACCAAUUAGGUGUCUAAAGUCUGGCAUAUAAUGGAGAGAAGGAAACCUGAAGAAUAGCGCGUCUCCUGAAUUAGGGUCAGGGUCGCCACCCUUCUGCGCACUGCCUUUGGUCUCAGCAGUUCUUUGAAAAGCGAACACUUUCACGUCCUGUCUGUUCCCUCAGCUGGCUGUGCCGUGUACCAGCUCUGUGAAUCUCCAGCCCUGCUACAGCAGAGUACAUUUUACCACCAGACAUGAGGCUGACAAACACUGCCCACACCAUAGAACUACCGUACCAUAUCAUAGCAGGGAUCGUAAAUAAAUUAUGUACAUCCAUGAAUUUUCCCACAAAUUCUUAUUUCCUGAUUGGACUGCUUUUGUUUCCAGUGUUACAGUAAAUGUAACCUGCUUCUUGGUUCAAAAGGAAUUCUGAGUUAUUGAAACACUAAUCCAGGGGUGGGACACUUCAGAGGGUUCUGGAAUGGGACCAGCAGUCCCGGUGGUGCCGUCGGUGCCUGAAACUCACUAGUCAUGACCGAGCCAGCACUUUGGUAGGGCACAGGUGCGUCUAUAUCCUGAUGUCUGUCGUGUGUUAACAGGUCACUUGUUGUUCACUCAGUUUAAAUUGGUGAUGGAUGAUGCUUGAUAGAGCUUAUUACUCUAUAUAGGGGAAGGUAGAAGGUAAGAGGGUCCAUGUUCGUUCUUUGCCAUGAAAUGAAUAAAUUAGGAAGAUUAUAUUUACUUAACUGUUUUUAAAUACCUGUUCAAUGAAAUAAACUGUAAAAUAUCCAGUUUUUUGUAUUAUAUGUACAUUUGAUUUUUUAAUAGCCUUUCCAAAGAAAUGAGGGCAUGAUUAUUAUACUAUAAAUACUGUGACUGAUUUAAUUUGAUGUACAGGGAAAAGUGUAUUCUUAAGGAUAAAAAUAUUUAACGGCACUCAUACUUGUGUUUUGAUCUUUUAUUUCUUGAAACACUCAGACACUUUAUAAAGUGCUGAGUAGGUGACAGUGAUCCAGCUUGUUUGCUAAAUGAAUAUUUGUUUAAAUCUGUACAGUUUCAAGUGUUUACUUAUACAAAGAGUGUACAUACUUUCAAAUAAUUAAUUUAAAGUGCUUUAUAUUAUUUGGCUAGAAAUUGCUGUUUUUAAUAAAUGUGAAUUUUUUAAAAAAUAAAGAUUUUUGCUUCCUACUUUG